AUGCAGGGGGCCGAACUCCGGGAUGGCGAGGCAGCGGCGGCGGCGGCCGCUUCGUACAGAGUCCUGAGCCGCCUGCUCGGCUAUGGAGAGGCGGCCCCCGAGCCAGGCCCUCCGCCGCCGCCCCCGGGCCAUGGCCCCCCGCCGCCAUCCUUCCUCGCGCGGCCCGGUGCGCGGGGCUCCCGGCCGCCGCAGCUGAUGGUGUUCCGCAACGUGGGCCGGCCGCCGGAGGAGGAGGACGCGGAGGCAGCCCCGCAGCCAGGACCCUCGGAACUGCUGUGUCCCCGGCACCGGUGUGCCCUGGACCCCAAGGCCCUGCCCCCGGGGUUGGCGCUCGAGCGGACCUGGGGCCCGGCGGCUGGACUCGAGGCGCAGCUGGCGGCUCUGGGGCUCCGGCAGCCGGUGGGGCCGGGGGUCAAGACGGUGGGUGGCUGCUGCCCGUGCCCGUGCCCCCCGCAGCCGCCCGCUCCGCAGCCCCAGCCGCCUGCUGCCACCCCGCAGGCCGGGGAGGACCCCACGGAGACGAGCGACGCGCUGCUGGUCCUGGAGGGCUUGGAGUCGGAGGCCGAGAGCCUGGAGACCAACAGCUGCUCGGAAGAGGAGCUCAGCAGCCCGGGCCGCGGCGGCGGCCGGCUCCUGCUGCAGCCCCCGGGCCCGGAGCUGCCCCCGGCGCCCUUCCCGCUGCAGGACUUGGUCCCCCCGGGGCGCUUGAGUAGAGGGGAGCAGCCGCAGCCGCCUCCCCCGCCGCCGCCGCCUCCGGGGCCCCUCCGGCCGCUCACAGGCCCUUCCCUCAAGGGCUCCCUCAAAACCCGCCUCAGUCGCCUCUUUCGCACCAAGAGCUGCCACGGCGGCGGCUCCGGGGCCGGCAAGAGGCCUGCGGGGGAGCUGGCCGCUUCGGCCGCGAGCCUGACGGACGUGGGGGGCUCCGCCGGCCGCGAGCUGGACGCCGGGAGGAAACCCAGGUUGACAAGAACUCAAAGUGCCUUUUCUCCGGCCUCCUUCAGCCCCCUGUUCACAGGUGAGACAGUAUCGCUUGUGGAUGUGGACAUCUCUCAGCGGGGCCUGGCCUCUCCGCACCCUCCAACUCCCCCUCCUCCUCCGAGAAGAAGCCUCAGCCUCCUAGAUGAUAUCAGUGGGACGCUGCCUACAUCUGUCCUUGUGGCUCCGAUGGGGUCUUCCCUGCAGUCUUUCCCCCUACCUCCGCCUCCUCCACCCCAUGCCCCAGAUGCAUUUCCAAGGAUUGCUCCUAUCCGAGCGGCUGAAUCCCUGCACAGCCAGCCCCCCCAGCACUUCCAGUGUCCCCUCUACCGGCCCGACUCCAGCAGCUUUGCAGCUAGCCUCCGAGAGCUGGAGAAGUGUGGUUGGUAUUGGGGACCAAUGAAUUGGGAAGAUGCAGAGAUGAAGCUGAAAGGGAAACCAGAUGGUUCCUUCCUGGUACGAGACAGCUCUGAUCCUCGCUAUAUCCUGAGCCUCAGUUUUCGAUCACAGGGUAUCACCCACCACACUAGAAUGGAGCACUACAGAGGAACCUUCAGCCUCUGGUGUCAUCCCAAGUUUGAGGAUCGCUGUCAAUCGGUGGUGGAGUUCAUUAAGAGAGCCAUCAUGCACUCCAAGAACGGGAAGUUUCUCUAUUUCUUGAGAUCCAGGGUUCCAGGACUGCCACCAACUCCAGUCCAGCUGCUCUAUCCAGUGUCCCGAUUCAGCAACGUCAAAUCCCUGCAGCACCUUUGCAGAUUCCGAAUCCGACAGCUCGUCCGGAUCGAUCACAUCCCGGAUCUCCCACUGCCUAAACCUCUGAUCUCUUAUAUCCGAAAGUUCUACUACUAUGAUCCUCAGGAAGAGGUAUACCUGUCUCUAAAGGAAGCGCAGCUUAUUUCCAAACAGAAGCAAGAGGUGGAACCGUCCACGUAG